UCCAACAUUACCUCAAAUACUCAAGCACUCGCUGGUUCGCUACUUUCUGUGGAAAAUGGAAAAACAAGCAUUUUCUACAAUGGAAGAACUUCUAAGUGCUGCAUUACAUGGUGAGGACUUAUGUUAUCCUCUCCUUGGUAAAAGCAACACUUGGUAUCCUGAAUCUCAAUGGGAACUCGAGUACGACCUCGUCGAUCAAUUUAUCACGUCACCGCCUUCUUAUACUUCGAAUGAUAGCAGUGAAAUAAUAAGCCACAAUGAUUUCAACGACGACGACAACAACAACAAUGAUGAUGGAGGUGAUAAUGCAAGUACUGUCAAGAUGUUGAAGACAACCCCAACUGGUGUUCAAGAACCCGACCGCCAAUCGGAGAACAAUAAUAAGGAAGUGACUAAGAAGCAAGUUGUGAAUGGAGGAGGAGGAGGUAAGAGGAAGAGAAAAAGGCAAGAAAGCCAAGUUCAAGAUCACAUCUUAGCUGAGAGAAAGCGUCGGGAAACACUUGCCCAAUUGUUCAUUUCUCUCUCAACUUUGAUUCCUGGUCUUAAGAAGAUUGAUAAAACCACAAUCUUAGGAGAAGCGAUCAAACACAUGAAACACCUCCAAGAGAAAGUAAAUGCACUCGAAACUUUGGCUGCUCAACAAAAGACUCUCAAGUCAAUGGUGGUGGUCAAGAAAUAUCAAUUGACAGUGGCUAAUGACGACAACAACGAUGAUAAUGAUAAUGGUAGUAGGAACAAUGCAAUUAAUUUUAACAACUCGAUACCAGAAAUUCAAGUUAAGACAACGGAUGACACCCUUCUCUUAAAAGUACACUGUGAACAACAAGAAAAGAUUAUGACCAAGUUAUUUGAUGUUGUUGUCAAACAUCAUAUGAGCGUCGUAAAUUGUGCCCUCAUACCGUUUAAAAACCUUGCCCAAGACAUUACCAUUGUUACAAAGAUGAAAGAGGGCUUCGACCUGGACGUGAAAGGUUUUGUUAGAUCUAUUCGAUCCAUCCUUCAUCCGACUAGCUAGUCCCCGAUUCCAAGCAUCUGAUGAGUGUAGGUUAUGAUUCAUAACUAGUUGCUCUUUGUAUUGUCAUUCGAAAUAUAUUCAAAUUGUUCAUGUAUUCUAUAUGCAAAUCCGGGAAUCUUAUGGGUUUUUUAUCUUCAUAUUUUUUCCGGAUAUUUCUACCCUUGUUCUUGUAUUUGUUUUGAUUUUGAUGUGUGCAAAAUUAUGGGGGAAAUAUUAUUUGAUUGUCUCAUUAUUAUUCGUGG